CGGGGUUAUUUUCUAUCUCGUUGAUAACUCUCUUCACCGUGAUCUUACUGUCAAAAAGCAAAUUUUGACACUAUUCGUAUUGUGUAUGUUCGGUUGGGGUGGAAUAAUGACGUCAUAAUUGGUAUGGGCUUCAAUACCCACCGGCCGCCAUCUUGUUAAAAUUUUGUAUGCGAAUAUUUUAUCGAAACCCGAGAUUGGUAUUUUGUAUCGGAUAGUUGGAAUCAUUAGUACUAAUUUGGGUUGGCCAACCGUCUUGUCUUGGGCAACUAGUAAAUAGUAGCUUUUAAACCAUAGAGUCACCAUGGAAUGUAGAAAAUAACGUUUUUUUUUUAAUUGUGUGGUUUUACUCUAGCUGCCUGUGACACUGAAGAUUCUUGUGAUCUUUCAUACUUGCAAAUUUUUGGUAUAAUUAGUAAAUAACUGAAAUGGCACGAGCUUUUUUAUUAGCUGAAGCUGAAGAGGAGCGGCAGGCCGCCGAAUUAAAUAUAUUGAGGCGUCGUCUACGGGAUAUGAGCAAUCCAAUGGAGCUGCCAGAAGACGAGUUUGUUGGGCAAUUUAGGCUGACAAAGCAUAUAUUUGCCAUGGUGUUAACAGAAAUUACGCCAAUAUUGCCUCCAGUAGAGAGAGUUACAGCAGUGCGUAACGAAUUAAAACUUCUGGCUGCGCUCUCAUUUUACGCUCAUGGUUCUUACCAAAAAACUGCUGGAGCCUCACACUGGCAUUGUAUGUCGCAGCCGACAUUCAGCAAAUGCUUGGAUGAGGUAACACUUGCCCUGAACAACAUAAAUAUAUUGAAAAAAUUUAUAAAGUUCCCAUCAACAGAAGGCGAAAGGGAACUUUUAAUGAGGCGAUUUAUGGAAAAGUUCCAUUUUCCAGGAGUUUUAGGAUGCAUUGAUGGCACGCAUGUUGCGAUAAUUCGGCCAAAGGAGCAUGAGGAAACAUUUUUAAACAGAAAAAAUUAUCAUUCCUUGAAUGUGCUCAUUAUAUGUGAUGCAGAUUUAAAUAUUAUGCACCUUGAUGCAGCAUUUGGAGGAGCGGCACAUGAUAGUUUUGUGUGGAACCAGAGCCCAAUAAAAACUCUUAUGGAGGACCUCAAUAGAAAUGGCAGCGUAUGUUGGUUUUUGGGGGACUCUGGUUAUGCUCUACGCCCAUGGAUGCUAACACCCAUCCUCAAUGCAGCUGUAGGAUCCCCAGAAGAACACUACACGGAUAUGCACUGCCAUGUCAGAAAUACUGUGGAGCGGUGCAUUGGGGUCCUUAAAGCACGCUGGAGAUGUUUGCUGGCACACCGUGUGCUUCACUAUGAGCCCACCAAAGCUGCAAAAAUUGUAAAUGCCUGCUGUGUGCUACACAACAUAGCAAAUGCACACAAUUUACCAGUGCCCGACGACUUGCCUGCUGCUGGUGACAUUCGGCAGCAGCAUAAUAAUAUUGGUAAUGUGGCUAAUGGUGCUGCUGAUGCAGAUGCAGGGCGCAUGAGGGCCAACCUCGUCCAGAGGCUGUGGAUUUCAAGAAAUCCUUAAAAGGCGGUUGCAUUAUUCUAUUCUAUUCUCUGUGGGGGUGUAAGUACCUGCACCUGGCUCUCUCGAGUGGAAUCUUUGUGCAUAUCCCCAAGGUCUAAAACUGCCUUUCUAAGCUUGGACCAUUUCCCACCAUGCUG